AAAAUCCUGUGAUAUUAAAGCUGUUCAUACGAACUCCCGCUUUAACCAAUGCCCUAAACCUCCAACCAACAAUACAAUGGGACUCUGUUUCUCAACAAAAUCACCAACUACACGAACACACUCCAAACGCGUAUCACACCAAUCCACAACACCACUCAACCGACGCUCUUCUUCCGCUACGAAGGACCAAUUGGAUGAUGCUGUUAUCCAGGAACACGCCAUCGCUGCUGCUCUGCUUUUCCAGCAGCGAAACGGCGACGUUCCGCGCUUUGAUCAGUCCAAUUCUGCUCGGCGUUCUCAUGGGGACAUUGCUCAUCGGAGUUGUAGUAGUAGGCGUCGUCGAUCGGUUGUUGAUCCUGUGGUUCAGGCUCAACUCAUGGUUAAUCAGGAGGUAAAUCAUGAUGAAAUGGAGACCAGCCAUAUUGUCCUUGUUCAUGGAGGUGGUUUUGGAGCCUGGUGUUGGUACAAAACAAUGGCACUUCUACAAGAAUGCAAAUUCAAAGUCACUGCAAUUGAUUUAAGUGGCUCUGGAAUCGAUUUGCGCGAUGCAAAUAUUAUCGAAAGCCUCUCACAAUACGCAAAGCCACUCACCAGUUUUCUCAAAACACUCGCGGAUGGUGAUAAGGUAAUUUUGGUUGGUCAUGACUUCGGUGGGGCAUGCAUGUCAUAUGCAAUGGAGUUAUUCCCAACUAAAGUCGCGAAAGCCAUCUUUAUUGCUGCGUCAAUGCUGAAAACUGGACAAAGCACACUCGAUAUGUUCUCUCUCGAGGAAAAUACAAAUGGUCUGAUGAGGCAAGCUCAAAACUUUUUGUAUGCAAAUGGGAACAAUCAGCCUCCAACUGCUAUAGAUCUUGACAAAUCACUCUUAAAGGAUCUGUUAUUAAAUCAAAGUCCUGCAAAGGAUGUGGCUUUAGCAUGCGUCUCGAUGAGGCCCAUUCCAUUUUCACCCAUUUUAGAGAAGUUAUCUCUUUCGGACUCAAACUAUGGUCGUGUCAGACGGUUUUAUAUAGAAACGCCAGAAGACAAUGCCAUACCCGUCACUCUCCAACAAAUGAUGAUAAAUCAAAGCCCACCCGAGAAAGUUUUCCGCCUCAAAGGUGCAGAUCACUGCCCCUUUUUCUCCAAGCCUCAAGCCCUACACAAGCUGCUAGUCGAGAUUGCAAAAAUGAAAUGAAACCGAACAAAUGCUUGCAUAUACUUAAAACAUCAUCUAGCAAAAGUGAACACUUUUAGUUAUUGUUCUCUCUUGUCGAUCGAGUGUUUUUCAAAGGGUUUAGGGUAAUGUUUGUUUGAGAGGUAUCAUGAUUCAUGAUUUUUAGCAGCUGGAUACAAUUGGAUACUAUACAAAUUUUGUGUCAAGUGUCAACUCUAAAAAAAUGAAAACAAUGCAGAGUUGCCAUAUAGACUCUUUUCUUGGUUUA